AUGUUGCCUGAUUAUUCAUAUCUUAAUUUUGUUCUCGUGAGAGAAUGUUCGUCAAACCCACAAAAACCACCGAUUUAUAAAACGUAUGAUAGAGAUAAUUUUAAACCGAUGCAAAAUAGGCCCGAAAUUGAAUGCAUGUCCCUAGGACUGGGGCAUUUGUAG